AUGAAGCUCUUCACCGCAAUCAUGCUCUUCGUCGCCUUCAUUUCCAUGGCUUUUGCGGCAAUCACCUCAGAUGCGACCACGGUGCCUGCUGUUCCAACGGUCAUCAUCCCUCCUGUCACCCUCACUAGUGGCGCCGCAAAGUUCUGCGAGAAUAUCGGCGAGGUCCUCUGCAUCGACAACCAAAAGAUCACCCAAUGUACCGAGUUCCAUGAGCUGAUUGGGUUCACUUGCCCCGGGGGUUGCGACACAGAUGAGGGUAUGAAUCAUUGCCUUGGAGUACGACCUGCGACCGCCUCUCUUGCACAACAUCUAGAGCAUUGCCCGACUAUUGAUGAGAAGCGCUGCGUGGAUCGCACUGUCAUGGAGACUUGUGGCUAUCACCAUACCUGGGUCUUCCUACGUGACUGUCCUCUGGGCUGCGGUGAAGGCGCCGACAUGAGCUUGUGCGAUGGCACUGAUGGCAGCACUCUCCCACCACUUCCUACCACCUUGAUCAUCACUCCCAGCACUAUUCCUGAGAUUACCAACGAGAGGCGUAAUGACGGCCCAUGCAAACCCUGGUCUCGGGCCUGCGACUCGGAGCGCCGCUUCCUCUUCAUUUGCGGCGAGAACGGUCGCUGGGACGAGGGUAGGCAGUGCAAUAGGGCGAAUGGGUGUAAAAUCCAGGGCAACGAUGGCCUCACGUGUGCCGGUCACCCUCAUUUCUACUACGACGACAAUCGAAUCUGCGAGCGCCGGAGGAGCUGCGAGAUCAUGGGUUACAAGUACUGUCUCGCCGUGAGUCGACACCGUUACGCCAAAAUUGUGCAUACAAAGAAUGAAACUAACAUCCACAGGGAGAACCUGAAAACCCUGCUAAACAGGCCCAGUGUUUGGAACAAAUGUGUGGCAUGGAAGAUGUCAGUAUUCUUCUACUUUCGAGAGACAACCGCGAUCGAAAAAGCUAACACUUGUGUAGUGCCGUGA